AUGGCGGCAACAGGGCCAACCGAGCCGUCGGGUCGAUGGCACCGCUACAAGGCUGCGACCGACGCCUUUCUCGGCUGGCUGCAGCGCACAGCGGCAAAGAAGACGAAGAAGAUCCAGGCGACGAACGAAGUGUGGACCACGGGCCAGAUCUGGGCAGCUGCCAUCGCCGUUGCCGAGGCAGGCGUCCCAGUCCCGACCGAUGUCUGGCGCCACCUGGCGACAAGCAUCCGCCUACGCUGGCAGGCUUCUCAGUGCUUGCCGUCCGAAGAAGGCCAUCUCUACUUUCUCAACGUGCUCCGAGCGAUCCAGGCGAUGCUUACACCACGCGGUCGGCCGCCAACGGCAACCAAGGGCCUCUCGAACGUGUUUGAAGCUCUGGCUCUGGAUGACACGGCGGAUGAUGCUGACGCCGACCUGCCGCCGUUUGAUGGCGCCACGUUUGUGCCACCACCAGCUCCAACGUCGGAAGAAGCCGCGCGCGCAUCUCGCCAAGCGCAGCUGGAGGCCGACCGGUUCCACACUCUCUGCUUCCUUCGGGAUAUGUACGAGCUUUUGGACGAGGUCGAAGCUGUCUGGACCGCGUUCAAGCGCGGCGAGACGUCGCUCGUGGCCGCAACGGCCGUCACCAACCACUGCGUCAUCGCGGUGCAGUCGCUCUUCUCGGAGCUCACGCUCGAGGUCCCGUACAUCGAGUCGAUUGAGUGUAUGGACGUGCUUCUCUCCGAUAACGCUUCGCUGCAGCAUCUCGUGUUUCAGCAAGACGUGCCGCUCGACCUUGCCGUCACUACCUGCGUGCACGCGCGUAACGCCGACAAUAAUGACGGCAACUUGCGUCAGAUCGCCCAGUCAUGGACGCGCUCGGAGGAAGAAGCGACCGAGCUCCACGCGUUUUUCAAAAGUGAACUCAGCGCUCUGCUACCGACACGGCACGGCAGCCACCUCAUGUUGGUUCAUCAUUACUUCAAGAAGCCUUCUCGCGACGUGACCGGUGAGCUCAACAUGGUUUCGGCCGCCGCAUUCGAGGAGCUGACUUGGCUCUUUGUCGGCAGAGUCGUACCGCGGCUCGCUGUCUCGGUCCAAACCGAUGCACUCAAGCUCGUGUCAGAGACAGUAGGCUUGAGUCCGUUCCUCCCGGUCUUGAAGGUGUACCUCGACAACAAAAUCGGGAUAGCCCCCCUGAUGCUCGUUUUCGCGAUAUCGUGUCUCUUGCGGGCCAUGGCCAUCGUGGACGGUCCCGGCCGCGACACGAUUACGGUCGCUUCGGUCGCUGCGACCAUCCCCGAUGCGCUCAAGCAGCAGUUCAAGAGCGUCCUUCUGUGCCGCCAAGGCCGCCGCGCGGAGCGAGCGACCGCAAACAACAAGCCCGACACGCGACUCGACACCUUCCUCGCCACUGUAUCGGCGUCGCACCAAGCGACGCUCGGCGUCGUGACCAAAGACCGCAAGUUUGCCUCUGACGCUAACCGCGCGCGGUGGUGGCUCAACCCGUACAUGGCCGGCCAGUUUCUUCUCACGGGCGCGACGCACCUCAACGGGGCCCCGGGGCACGUGCUGCUGUGCACAAGCGUUCGCACUCGACUCGUGCUUCACGUCUACAACGCGCUGCGCGUCUGUGGUCACGUCCAGAUCGUGCCCGAGUUGGAAAAGCUCAUCGACUUGUUCGGCUCCGACAAGCACAUGUGGCCGGCGGGUCGGCCGACGGCACCCGGCGCGUUUACGACGGGGCUUGUGAUGACGGACGGUGCGCCGAUGGAGACGAUGGCGCUCUUGACAGCGAUUACAAGUGCGCCCUUCGAGCGCGCCUCGGAGGCUUUUGAGGCGGCCACCGCCUACCGCGAGAAGCGGGAUCGGCGCAACAAGCUCCAGAAAGCCCAGAACAAGUCCACGUUGCGCAAGCGCAAGACGAUCAACGCGACGUAUGCCGACCAGUGCCGCACGUACCGGUAUGCCACCCGCGCCGAGCCACUGCCGCUGGGCGCCAGCCUCCCAAACAUGCGCGAAAUUCGGCGCGUGGUCGACGACGAGUGGCGUCGAUUUUUGCACCUCGACUUGAUCGCUGUCCACAAUAUCUUGGUCGACGUGGCCAAGGACAUCAUAGAGGUUGCGAGCGAGGCGCCGCCACUACUGUCUGGCAAGAAGAAGUACUGUCAUCGCUUGGACUGGAUCCUCACGCAGAUCCUUGGGAGCUGCGAUUUCGGCGUCGGCACUGCGAUGCUCCACGACAUCGCCAACAUCCUCGAGGCGUCCAACAGCAAGCUCCUUGACGCCCAUAUUCUCCAUAACGACCUUUGA